UGGCAUUCUGCCCCCAAAAAAUAACACCACCCAAAACGCCAGACCAUCCCAAGUCUAAAUCAACUCAACCACGUUGGAGCGUUUGGACUAAAGGCCUAAGAUCCACCGGAAUUUGGUCCGCGAUACCAAUUUGUCAUGGCUCACCACCACCAUGCAAAAGGGGCGGAAUUCGGUCCCUUCACGUUCCUGAAUCCGACGUCGAGACGAUAUCCGCUGAGUUGGAAGCCCCCCGGGGAGGAUUCAAGUUCAGAGGGGACACCAGGCAAGUCGAAUGAUCUGCCAAAACCAGGAGAGCCAUUGGCGAAGAAGAAUGAUGAGCUGGGAGCGGAGGAAGUCCAGAGACUGUACCGGACCCGAGAUAACCGCAAAGGUCGCCACGCCAUUGUCGUAACUCCCACAGCGGAAAAAGGCAAAUAUCUAACCCCUCCAUCCACGAGUACGGCCAAGGAAACGCUGAAGGGAAUAUGGCGGAUGUUCAGCACAUACCCUUAUUGGGAUGUCUCGUACCUGGUCGCUAUAAUCUUCACAUUCGGAUCGGUUAUAUGGUGCAUCAAUGCAUUUUUUGUCUGGCUACCAUUGCAAGAUCCUUCGACUGAGUUCCCAGGGGAAAUUGCAAAUGCUGGGGGGAUCACGGCGUUUAUCGGUGCGACGAUUUUUGAGUUCGGGAGCAUAUUGUUGAUGAUUGAGGCGGUCAAUGAGAAUAGAGCGGAUUGCUUUGGAUGGGCCUUGGAGGAAGUGCUGGAGGAGAAUGGACUUAUACGAUUGACACCGGACGGGUGCACACAUCAUCAUAAGAACAACAAAAAUCUUGUGGGCAAGGGAAAGGCUGUUGAAGGUAAACCUCCUCUGGAUGUUAACAUGGUACAUGAUCGACCAGCUUCAAAGUCUGCGAGCACUUGGACCUGGUUUCCUAGUUGGGAUGAGCUUAGGACGCACUACUUCAAGGAGGUUGGAUUUCUGGCUUGCCUCGCUCAGAUGAUUGGAGCUACCAUUUUCUGGAUCUCAGGCUUCACAGCUCUGCCUCCGAUUUAUGAUCGACUUACUACAGUGGCUGCUCAGAACGGCGCUUAUUGGGCACCACAAGUCGUUGGAGGUACUGGCUUCAUCAUUUCAGGCACACUAUUCAUGUUAGAAACACAACAGAAAUGGUACUUACCCGCCCCCAAGGUUUUGGGCUGGCACAUUGGAGUGUGGAAUUUGAUAGGAGGGGUCGGCUUCACGCUCUGCGGAGCCCUUGGAUUUGGAGCUGCGAAUAGUGGCUGCGUUUACCAAGGUUCACUUGCCACGUUCUGGGGGUCAUGGUGUUUCCUAAUCGGAAGUACCAUCCAGUGGUUUGAAGCCCUUGAUAAACACCCUGUUGAUAUCGAAGAAGGUGGGGGACGAAUCUCAGACACUCAGCCAGUUGCUUGAGCAUUUUCGCGAUUUUCAUGUGCAUUUCCACGGUUUCUAGCAUGUGGUCAGGUUAUCACGUUGCAUAUCAAAGGGGCAUGGAAAGGUUCCCCGGUGGGAAGAAAAAUUAAUUUUGGCAUAUCGGUAGUCGUACCUGCAGGUUUCCAGGACUGCAAAAUGUAAUACUUGUGUUUGGGUACAGCAUCACCGGUGCGCAAAACACGCUUUCGCGGUGGACAGAAAAUACGGCACUCAUUUUAUGUCCUAACUCCAAGUUGGAUGUUUAGCUGGACUUUGCAAUAGGAGCUUAAGGAACUAAGGAACUCAGGAUUCCCAAGAUAUUCGAAAAGGUAGACUAAGAAGAUACCAAAUCUCAAAGGCAUAUUGUAUGGGAGAAUACCUGAAUUAGUCCAAUUUGACUUGGGACAUCCAG